AUGCUCCGACAAGUUAAACCUCGCAAUGCGCGUUCAAAGCGUGCGCUCGAGAAGCGCGAGCCCAAGGCCAACGAGAACCCCAAGACAUGCCUCUUCCUUCGCGGAACAUCAUGCUCUCAGAUUGUCCAGGAUGCCCUUAACGACCUUCACCAGAUGCGCCAGCCUCUGGCCAAGAAGUUCACUAAGAAGAACGCCAUCCACCCUUUUGACGAUGCCACUUCGCUCGAGUUUUUCUCCGAGAAGAACGACGCUUCUCUUCUCGUCUUCGGCAGCAGCCAAAAGAAGCGCCCCCACACCAUGACCUUUGUCCGUACCUUUGGUUACAAGGUUCUUGAUAUGCUCGAGCUCUACCUCGACCCCGAGAGCUUCCGCACCAUUGCCCAGUUCAAGACGAAGAAGUUCGCCAUCGGUCUGCGACCUAUGAUUCUGUUUGCUGGCACCGCCUUCGAAAGCCCCGUUAGCAACGAAUUCACUCUCGCCAAGAGCAUGCUUACCGAUUUCUUCAGAGGUGAGCCCAGCGACAAGAUCGACGUUGAGGGUCUCCAGUACAUUAUCUCCAUCAGCGCUGAGGACAGCACUGGCGACGGCGAUGUCAAGCCUGCGAUCCACCUGCGAGUCUACACCAUCAGCACCAAGCGAUCUGGUCAGCGUCUUCCACGUGUCGAGGUUGAGGAGAUCGGUCCUCGCAUGGACUUCCGAGUUGGUCGUGUCCGAGAGCCUGAUGAGUCGAUGCUCAAGGAGGCCCUGAAGAAGCCCCGCGGCCUCGAAGAGCGUACCAAGAAGAAUAUCACGACUGAUUCCAUGGGUGACAAGAUUGGUCGCGUACACUUGGGCAAGCAGGAUCUUAGCGAGUUGCAGCUCCGCAAGAUGAAGGGUCUGAAGCGAAGUCGAAAGGAUGCUGCGGAUGUGGCAGAUGUUGUUGAAGAGAAGGAGGAGGAGACCAAGAGAAUAAAGCAGUAG